AUGCGAUUCCUCACUUCCAUUUGCCGUGCUGCCCUGUUCCUCGGUGUAUACGGCAUGCCGCACAAUGAUCGCCUCACAGUGGAGGCCCCUACCGGUACCUUCACUGGCCUGCAGCAUCCUCUGUUCCAUGAUGUGCGUCAGUUCUUAAAUAUUCCCUAUGCACAUCCACCUGUUAAGGAUCGUCGCUGGUUGCCUCCAGCUCGACUGGCCAAAUCAAAUUCAAAAUACGACUCUACAGCGUUUGGUCUGGUCUGUCCACAGUUCAUUAGUGGAGAUCCCACCAUUUGGAGUAACUGGGUGCCUCAAUUUCUCCCCACCUAUGGUCCUGAAAACGAAACUGCCGCUAUAAUGGCACCGACCUCGGGUGAGGACUGCUUGAAUCUCGCAAUUUGGACUCCAGCAAAGGCCACGACCACUUCUCGAUUACCUGUGGUCAUGUUCAUACCAGGUGGAGAGUUCACAACCGAGGGUGUGACGGUACCAUAUCAGCUGCCCGGCCAAUGGGUUCAUCGCUCGCAAGAACACAUCGUGGUGACGAUCAACUAUCGUGUCAAUAUUAUGGGCUUUCCCAAUGCCGCUGGCCUCUCUUCACAGAACCUUGGUCUACUUGAUACGCGUGCUGCAGUAGAGUGGCUAUCCGAGAAUAUCGCUGCAUUUGGCGGAGAUCCUGAGAGAAUCGUCAUCUGGGGCCAGUCUGCUGGGUCGAGUGACGUUGACUUGCAGAAUUUCGCCUACUGGGAACGGCCUUUGGUGAAGGGUCUCAUCAUGAUGUCUGGCACAGCACUCGAAUAUCCCCCUGCUGCGCUCAACUCAUCGAGUUUUUCCUGGGUCGCUCAAGAGCUUGGGUGCGACCAUCCCACCGAUCCAGCGGAAGAGAUUACAUGCAUGCGCCGCGUUCCGAUUGAAACAAUCCAGAAUCUUGUCGGGCAAACAGUGGACGGCAGUAACGCCCCAGGUUUGAAUUUUGAGACGAGCAUCGAUAAUGUUACUCUUUUCAGCGACUAUACGGAGCUUUAUAUGCAGAGGAAAGUCUCUCCUAUACCUGCUAUUAUCGGAAAUUGUGCCAAUGAAGGCGCAGGUCUGGUUGAUUACCCUGUUGGUCAUGUCUUGGCAGGACCUAGCCAGACAUCAAUGACGGAGCAAACGCUCUCUGGGAAGCUAUGUCCAGCAGCUAAUUCAUCUUACUAUCGGUUUGAGGCCGGCGUGCCUACCUAUCGCUAUCAAUACGCCGGUAAUUUCUCCAAUAUCUCGCCAUUACACUGGAUGGGUGCAUUCCAUGGAUCAGACAUGCCGAUGGUCUUUGGCACAUACGGUAUUGCCCGGGGUGAGGGUUCGACUUUUGAGGCCCUCGUUAGUGAAACGAUGCAGAACUAUUUUCUUGAAUUUAUCAAAGAUCCAGUACACGGGCCUAAAAAAGCUGGGUGGCCUGCUUUCGACCCCGCCGCGCAACAUGGAGGACUAAUGCUGCGCUUCGCGGCAGAUGGAAAGCCUGUUCAGUUUGUCUCUGGUGAUAUCGUUGAUGGCGAAUGUCUGGGUUUGAAUAUCACUUAUAACCCUUCCCCUUGA